AUGAGGCGGGUGGCGCCGGCGACCGUCGCUUCUGCCCACGGAGACGGAGGUGUCCACCAAGGCCUCACCCACCACGGAGAUGCCCACGCCUCGCCCACCGCGACGCACGGUUGCGCCUGCCCCUGCCGCCGCGGCAAGGCCACCGCCCACCACGCCGUCGCCGGCAAUGCCGGGGGCAACGCCAGCCGCUCGCCGGAGGCCAAAGCCCCCGCCUUGCCGCGGAUCUGCAUCUGGGACUCCGCCGGCGACGGCACCAAAGAGAAAGAGGCCGCCGUCUCCGUCUCCGUGGCGUGGCCGGACGAGGCCGCCACCCCGCGCACCAAUCCGCCGCCGCAACGGUGGAGGCGGCCCGGGAAGACCAUCUCCAAGGGCCACCGGAACUACCACCUCAUGCUCAACCUGCAGCUCGGCAUCAGGCACGCGGUGGGGAGGUCGGCGGCGAGGCCGAUGCGGGAGCUCAGCCGGGCCGACUUCGAUCCCCGGGACAAGUUCUGGACGCGGUUCCCGCCGGCGGGGUCCAGGACCACGCCGCCGCACUCCUCCGACGAGUUCCGGUGGAAGGACUACUGCCCCAUGGUCUUCAGGCACAUGAGGAGGAAGCUGUUCGGCGUCGACCCGGCGGACUACAUGCUUGCCAUCUGCGGGGACGACGCCCUGCGGGAGCUGUCGUCGCCCGGGAAGAGCGGCAGCUUCUUCUACCUCACGCACGACGAGCGCUUCAUGAUCAAGACCGUCAAGAAAUCCGAAGUCAAGUUGCUGAUCCGGAUGUUGCCGAGCUACCACAAACACGUUAAACGGUACAACAACUCCCUCAUCACAAGGUUCUACGGCGUUCACUCGGUGAAGCCAUAUGGUGGGCACAAGGUACGGUUCAUCGUAAUGGGCAAUCUGUUCUGCUCGGAGCACCGGAUCCAUCGCCGUUACGACCUGAAAGGCUCCUCCUACGGCCGGAAAUCCGACAGGUUUGAAGAAGAGACCGGCGAUGCAACCACACUCAAGGAUCUGGAUCUCAACUUUGCGUUCCGGAUGCAGCGCUCUUGGUAUAAAGAGCUUCAUGAGCAACUUAGACGAGAUUGCGCGUUCUUGGAAUCGGAGGGCAUCAUGGAUUACAGUCUAUUGGUUGGAGUUCACUUUUGCGAUGAUAUUGUCCCUGCAUCAAAGAUGGCAUCAUCUACUUUUACUACUUUUACUAAGCUUUCAGCCAACAUGCUGUCGGCAUGCCAAAACAGCGUCAGCGUGUCUGAGCCGUGCCUCUCAGCUAAAGAUCUGGACAAGAUGGCCGAUCACCUGAACUUCAGGAAACCAUUGGCCAGACUGGGUGCACACAUGCCAGCUCGAGCGGAGCGCACAUCCAUGAGCGACAUCGACCCUUUCCCCUCUGGUGACGGGGGAUUCUCGUCUGGCCGGAGCAAGAGCGGGGGUGAAGCCUACGACGUCAUCCUCUACUUUGGGAUAAUCGACAUCCUCCGGGACUACGACAUCAGCAAGAGGCUGGAGCACGCAUACAAGUCGCUGCAGACGGACCCCAGCUCGAUCUCCGCGGUCGACCCCAGGCUCUACUCGCAGAGGUUCCAGGAUUUCAUGGGCAGGGUUUUCAUCAAGGAGUGCUAG